AUGGAAAGUGUGGGAGAUGAAGAACCGGCUUUAAAACGAGCAAAAUUGUGUUCGGAUGAAUUUGUCGGUCUCUCCAGCGGUUCAUCUAUGGAGGGUGUUGUAUGUCCUUCAAGUGACAUGUCAUCAGUUGAAGGGGACGACGAAGAUGUUGCUUCAAAAGGGGUCUUAAAAAGAGAGGAAUUUGUAAGGAUGAUCACUAAGGCAUUGUAUUCUCUUGGUUACAAGAAGAGUGGGGAACACUUAGAGGAGGAGUCUGGCAUACCUUUGAAUUCGACUGCGGUAAAUCUGUUUAAGCAGCAGAUACUUGAUGGUGAUUGGGACAAAAGUGUAGCCACAUUGAAUCAAAUUGGUCUAGAAGAUGAAAGCACUGUUAAGGCUGCCUCAGUUUUAAUACUGGAGCAGAAAUACUUUGAGCUUCUUGAUGCGGAUAAGGUCAUGGAGGCAUUGAAGACAUUGAGGACUGAGAUUACACGUCUUUGUGUUGAUAGUUCUAAAAUUCGCGAACUUUCUUCAUUAAUGUUGUCACCAUCUGGCCAAGAUGGUUCUUCUGGACGAGAUUUUGUAAGGGCGAGGACGACUCGGUCUAAACUGUUGGAGGAACUACAAAAUCUGAUUCCCCCGACUGUAAUGAUACCUGAAAAGAGAUUAGAACAUCUUGUUGAACAAGCCCUCAUCUUACAACGAGUAGCUUCAUUGUGUCACAUCUCAUUGAAUAAGAAGAUAUCAUUUAAUCCAGAUCAUUGCGAUGGAAAAUCUCAGAUAACAUUAGAUCAGUUAGCUAAUGCUACUGCUGUUUCUGAUAAUAAUGAUGAAGUGGUGACGUUGACCAGAGCAGAUUUUGAAAGAUUUGCAACAUGUGCUGUAAAAGUGGACAGGCUAGAAGAAGACUACAAGAAGUUGGUGAGCAUGCUUUCUGAAGUCGUGAACCUGCUUCGAGUUCUUCCUCGGUAG